AUGAAUAUCUGCCAUGUGGCUCAAUGGGAAGGUGCUCGACUUGAAGCUGAAGCCAGAGGAUCUAAGUUGCAAGUUGGAUCCGGAUCUUCGCAACUCUCUGGGCUAAUUUUAAGCAAAAUUCCCACUCAACCUUGUCUUUCAUCACAUUCGGUGUCAACCGAACACAACACAGCGUAUAACAUGUAUGCCCUCGUGCUUGCCACAACUCAUGAUUUUUGUUCAUCUAUGUCCACUCUAAGCAUUCCCACGCUUCCUUCAGUUUCUAAUAUUCCACAAAUGAAGAACACAGAAAGUUUACUUUCAUAUAAGAGUGAUAAUAUUGUGAAGGGAGCUAGUAGCCAAAUUAAAAAGGUAAUGGAAGGUUGUGUAUCAAACUUACAAGAUGAUGACAUUAUGGUGGCUGUGGAAGCGUUUAGAACAGCAAGGUCUGAGAGUAUCGAAGAGCUGUUUAAUGAACCCACUUCCACUUAG